GGAAGCUGUUUGUGUGGGUACACCGAAUAUGCACUAAAGCGAUCCACUCAGACAAGUACUUGCUCACUGCAAGGUCAUCAAUCUUUAUCUAUCGCAAGAGGGAACAAAUAUGGAAACACCGUGAUUUGAAUUCUUUAUUUCGUCAAGAAAUGAACAGUUGUAGUCCACUGAGAACAAAAACUCGGUGAUGGGCACAUUGCCGACUUUCCUAGAUGUCGUUUCCUGACAGACCGGUCGCUCACUUGCUGGGCUCAAAUGGGCCUGUCCAUACUGUCUCAUAUUCAGCCUCGCCAGGAACAUACAUCCUCACCGGCUCAGCAGACCGCAACAUCAGACUUUACAACCCGGCAUCUCACGACCAGCCCCAGCGCUAUAGCUCAGCCAUCAACAGCAACAGGCCACCGGGAACAGCCAAGGCCGCCGUCCCGGAAGGCCGCCUCAUCCAAACCUACGCCGCCCACGGCUACGAGGUCCUCGACCUCUCCGUCUCCUCCGACAACGAGCGCUUCGCCUCCGUCGGCGGCGACCGCGCCGUCUUCCUCUGGGACGUAGCCACGGCCAAGACGAUCCGCCGCUUCGGCGGUAACGCGCACGGCCACACGGCGCGCGUCAACUGCGUCUCGUUCGCGGGCGAUGGGGACUCGCUCGUCAUCUCAGGGGGCUUCGACACGAGCGCGCGCGUGUGGGACGCCAAAUCCAACUCGGCGAAGCCAGUACAGGUCUUGGACGAGGCCAAGGACGCCAUCACCGCGCUCGCGGUGCGGGACGCGGAAGUCAUUGCAGGGAGCGUCGACGGGCGGGUGAGGAGCUACGACGUCCGGAUGGGACGGUGCGUGACGGAUGUUAUCGGCGCGAGCGUGACGAGUCUCAAGCUCACGCGGGACGGCAAGGCCAUGCUGGUCGGAUCGUUGGACAGCAAGAUCCGACUGAUGGACCGGGAGAGCGGGACGUGUCUGAAGACGUAUGCGGGUGAUGGGUGGAGGAACGAGGAGUUGCGCGUACAGGCCGUCCUCGGCAGCAAGGAGAAAUACGUCAUUGCGGGCGAUGAGCUUACGGCUGGCACGGGGCCUGCCGGGUUGAACGGCGAUGGCAAGAUAUGGGCGUGGGACCUCUUGACGGGCAAGCUAGUCGCGACGGUCCGGGUUCCAUGCCCAGAGGGCUUCGAGCCCAAGAAGAGAAUGUUGGGCAAAGAUGGCAAGGAGAAGGAGAGGAGCAAUGUUAUUAGUUGCAUGGCCUGGAGGGGUGGUGGAUGGGGAGAUCAGUUCUGCGUCGGCGGCACGUCGGGAGUAGCUACGGUCUUUGGUUCACUCUAGAAGCCUUUAAUGAUGC